AUGCAGUCCCCAGUCCUCGUUCUCAAGGAUUCGCUGAAGCGGGAAUCUGGCAACAAGGUUCACUAUGGCAAUAUUCAAGCGUCAAAGGCUGUUGCUGAUAUUAUUCGUACUACUUUGGGUCCACGAUCCAUGCUGAAGAUGCUACUUGAUGCUUCUGGAGGUAUUGUGGUGACAAAUGAUGGAAAUGCUAUUCUCCGCGAGUUAGAUCUUGCACACCCUGCAGCAAAGUCAAUGAUUGAACUAAGUCGAACUCAGGAUGAGGAAGUAGGAGAUGGAACAACAUCUGUCAUUGUUCUUGCGGGUGAAAUGCUCCAUGUUGCGGAAGCCUUCAUCGACAAAAAAUAUCAUCCUACAGUCAUUUGUCGAGCUUAUAACAAAGCCCUUGAGGAUGCAAUUGCUGUGCUUGACAAAAUUGCCAUGACUGUCGACGUGGAGGAUCGUGCAACAAUGUUAGAUCUUGUCAAGAGUUGUAUUGGGACAAAAUUUACUAGUCAAUUUGGGGAUCUGAUAGCAGAUUUAGCAAUAGAUGCCACGACCACGGUAGGUGUGGAUCUCGGCCAAGGUUUGCGCGAGGUGGAUAUCAAGAAGUACAUUAAGAUAGAGAAGGUUCCUGGUGGCCAGUUGGAGGAUUCAAAAGUUCUGAAAGGAGUCAUGUUUGACAAGGAUGUUGUUGCUCCGGGUAAAAUGAGAAGAAAAAUACUGAACCCAAGAAUCAUUCUUCUUGAUUGCCCCCUUGAGUACAAGAAAGGAGAGAACCAAACAAAUGCGGAAUUAUUGAGAGAAGAAGAUUGGAGUGUAUUGCUAAAAAUGGAAGAGGAAUACAUUGAAAACCUAUGCGUGCAAAUACUGAAGUUCAAACCAGAUUUGAUAAUUACAGAAAAGGGGCUCAGCGAUUUGGCCUGCCAUUAUUUUAGCAAGGCCGGUGAAUCUGAUGUUGGUACUGGAGCUGGUCUGUUUGAGGUGAAGAAAAUUGGAGACGAGUUCUUCGCUUUCAUAGUUGACUGCAAAGAUCCAAAAGCAUGCACGGUACUUUUGAGGGGUGCCAGCAAGGAUCUUCUGAAUGAAGUGGAUAGAAAUUUGCAGGAUGCAAUGUCAGUAGCAAGAAACAUAAUAAAAAAUCCGAAACUUGUUCCUGGUGGUGGUGCUACGGAGUUGACUGUCUCAGCUACUUUGAAGCAAAGAACUGCUGCAAUUGCUUUCGAGGCUAUACCACGUACUUUGGCACAGAACUGUGGGGUCAAUGUCAUUAGAACAAUGACCGCCUUGCAAGGAAAGCAUGCAAAUGGUGAGAACGUGUGGAUUGGCAUAGAUGGGAAUACUGGUGAACUUGCUGAUAUGAAAGAGCGUAAGAUAUUGGAUUCGUACAGUGUGAAAGCACAGGCAUUUAAGACUGCCAUAGAAGCGGCCUGUAUGCUUUUGAGAAUUGAUGAUAUAGUAAGUGGAAUCAAGAAGAAGCAGGCACCCGGAGCAAGCCAAGGUCCAUCGAAGCCUAAAAUCGAGGAAGAAGGUGAUGCUGACAACGAGCAGAUGAUUCCUGAAUAA